AUGGCUACUCCCAGUCAAUUGGACAACGAGAACGGUUCUCACAGAGAGAACCGCCUCUCUGUGGCUAGCAGGUCGACCACUGGAAGGCAAAACAUACGAUUCAGUGUCAAUCAAAGGGAAAAAAUAGUGAGUACUUAAUUCUUGCUUUCCAUUUUCAUGUGCUCCUUCAGUAUGGAAGUGGGUUCUGAUCCUCGUUAGGGACACCUCAGAUUGGUCUCCCAAAACAGUAUCCGCUCUUCGUUUGAGGCACCGCCUACACCUCCUCCCAAAGCACUCGAGCCUUCGAAAUCCCAACGCCGGGGGCAGGUUCAAAAUCAAGAGGUGAGCUUUAAUCUAUGCCAGUCUCCUAAGUCAGACCUCCACCUCACAUUCCGUCCAAGUACAUGACCAAAUACCAAAAAGUACUAUCACUAUCCCCCGGAACACGUCGAUACACACGUCCAAGCGGCCCAGAAUUAGUCAAUCACCGUCAACCAUCCUGUGUUGAUCUGCCGGGGGAAUGGAAUGCCAUUCAUGACAGAUUCAUCGCAUAUCUCUGGAGUCACUGUCCACUCGACGGAAAAGGGAGAGUUCCUCGGUCAGAGGAGAAAAGGGAUAGGUGGAAGAGUGUGGAAAUUGCAACAAUGGUCAUCGAAAGAUUUCCAGAGCUGGACUCUCAUGUUAGUAUCUCUCUUUGGUGGUUAGGAAUGGCGAAGUGCAACGGCCAAAGUUUCGAGUAUCUUACAAGUACUAAUGAGCUAUAGCUUAUCAAGCCUAGUGCAAUCGAAAUGAGACUCAUCUUGCUUGAUGAAGCAGGAGACAACGAUUAUUUCCAGAUGAAGUAUGGUGCUUAUAGAUCGGAGGAGUGGGGACGUGGAAUUUGA